AUGUUCAGAUUUCUUGGGAAAUUAAUUAAAAGAACUCCUAAAGAAUGUUUAUAGCAUGAUCAUACAAAAUUCCCCAAUAUAUUAGCUAAUGAAUAUUGUCAAAGUUGUGACUAAAGUUUAUGUUAUAUGUGUGGUAAUGACCAUAUGAGUCAACAUCAUCCUGUGAAAAGUAAAUAUGAUUAUUUUUCUAUAGUUAACCAUCAUUCUUAUGCAAAUAUGAAUUUAUAAAAUAAUGAAGACUUGACUGAGAAAGAUAAAUUAAAUUUAGAGACAUUAAGAGCAUUUAAUACAGGAUCAUUAAUUUAAUUAGACAUAAACAAAUUAAAAUGUAUAUGUGGCAAACCAGCUGAUGAAAAUACAGCUAUUUGUGCAGCUUGUGGAAGUGCCACAUGUUCAUAAAAAUGUCAUUAAGAAUUAGUGCAUUAAGAUAAAUGUAAAUUUCAUCAUAAUUUCACUGAGAAAGCUAAUGUAGUUUCUCUAAGAUCAAUCUUACUAAAGUAAAUGUUUAUAAUCAAUAUAGGAAUGCUUAUUUUCUCUUUGAUAAAGGAUAUGCAUAAGGCACUGUUUUUAGUCGAACUUCCUAAAAUUUCAUAUCAGCAUUUCUCACAACUUAAAGAUCAUCUAUAUUUUUACAAAGAGGUUUUAGGUAAUAUGGAAAUCCUGAGGUAUUAUCAAUUAAUAACUUAGAUAAGAUUUAAACACUAAAUGCUAUGGAUAUUGUAAAUGGAGCUGAUCUCGAUAAGGAAGUGCAUUUAAUGAGGGUUUGUUAAUGCAAAUGUACUCAUUGUAAAAAUCUUGGUUAUCACCCAAUGCAUGUUUGUUAAUUGGUUUGUAAAUCCAGAGAUUUAUAUGUAUUAUUUUUCAUUAAUCUUUAGAUCUAUAGAUCUUAUGCUUAAGAAAAUCCAGUUGAGAAAUAAUAGACUUGUGGAUGUUAAUGUAAAUUCUGUUCCUCUGGUCUUACAGUCUUAUAACACAAGAAAAUAGAUUGUUGUUUAAAAUGUGAAUUUAGAUAAAAAGUUGAUUUUUGAA